AUGGCCAAAAAAACACUUGCCGACGAGAUAUCUAGAUUUUAUGAACCCAAUAAUGAGUUCGAUAUAGAAGACUUCGAUAACGGUUCAUCAAGCAAGGAUGUAUUUCAGCAUGAAGAGAAUGAAUCGUCUGAAGAGGAAUUGUCAGAUGAUGAAUUAAAGAACGACCAUUAUGUUGCUACAUCAAAAUCGAAGUUACGAAGUCAACAGGGACCAAAUUUGGGUCAAAAGUAUACAGGAGAUGUGGUGAGUAGAGAUGAUAUUUACAACUCUUCUCAGGAUAGCGGUGACGCAGAAGAGGAAGAAGAAGCAGAGGAAGAGGCGGACCAAACUUCAAGUCAAGAAGAACCAGAAGACGCAAAUGAGCUCGGUGGGAAUAGUGAUGUUUCAGAUGAAAGUAGUGCCUCACAGUCAGACUCAGACAGUGAUGAAUCUGGAUUCGGGGAGAAAAGUCAAGGGAAACAAGCUAAUGGUAAACCAACACAUCAAAAGGAAUUGGUGAAGCAGCUUUUGUCAAAGGAAAGAUCACACUUGGUCAACAGGCUAUCUCAGUCUGCAAUGAACGAUACAUUGAAAGGAUAUGCCGUCAAACAGCAGCACAAGACUUAUGAAAAAUUGGUCGAUGUGAGGAUCAAGUUUCAAAAGGCAGUCAAUAGUGCUAAUCAACUACCGAUUAAUAUCACUACCUAUGAUGAAUACAAGACCGAGGAGAGUGAUGGUCUACUCAACAAUGCAAAACAAGCUUUGUAUGGGUUAUUGAAAAAUGUGCUUCUGUUGAGAUCACAAUUGGGAAGCACAAACAUCACCCCGCCUAAAAAGAGAUCAUUUGAAGCAAUGUCAAAAGCAACUGAAACUGCCGAUGGAGAUUUAACAAUUCAACGUGCAAGUAUUUUAAAUAAAUGGUCUUUUAAAGUCCAAAACUCAUCGGGAAACUCCGCCAUGAAUGCCAACAAGUUCAAGACUAUCAACCAAUCGUUCGAGCAACAGGUGAAGAACAACUUAUCCGAUAUGGAAAGACUAAUCAAGAGGACUAAACUAAACAGAAAGCAAGCUGUACCACUAGGCUACAUUGAAGAAGCAGAAGAGAAGGUUGUCACUUCUGGCCCCCAAGAUGACGACGAAGUUGGCGAAGAAUUAACACCACGUAAAAAGGCACAGGGUCAAGAAAACCCCUAUAUAUUUGAUGAUGAAGAUUUCUAUCGUGUCUUGUUGAAUGACUUGGUCGAUAAAAAAGUGCAAUCUUCCGAUCCAACAUCCAACAUCACCAUAAUCAGGUCAGCACAAAAGGCAAACAAGUUGAAGAACAAUGUUGACACUAAAGCAUCGAAGGGAAGAAAGUUGAGAUUCCAUGUGCAGGAACAAAUUGCUAAUUUUGAAACUUCUACUGGUGGUUGGAAGUGGAGUGAUGAUCAGAUUGACGAGUUUUUUGCAUCAUUGUUAGGCCAAAAGGUGAAUAUGAAUGAAGAUGAAGUAGAGGAGGACGAGGAGGAAUUUUCAGAAAGGGAAAUUGAGGCGGAGUCCAAUGGUAUACGACUCUUUGGUUGA